AUGAAGGUUCUUCUUAUCGGCGCAACCGGAAAUCUUGGUGUGCGACUUGUCGCAGCACUCCUCACCCAUGGCCAUGUAGUGGUCGCAUAUGUCCGUUCAGCAAACAAGCUCGAAUCUCUCCUUCCAACGAGCAUAUACAGCCAGAUCACUGUCGUUGAAGGGAACGCCAAAGAUUCAUCUUUGAUCAGUCGGGCAAUCCUUGAACAUAACUGCGAAGCGGUUGUCAACUCUGCUGGCCUAGCAGCCAUGGCGCCUUGGAAGAGAAACGAUCUGCCAGAAAUCUUCUCCGCAGUGCUCAAAGGUGUUCAAAAAGCUGGAGUCCAAAGGAACGAACCUCUACGAGCCUGGUUCCUCGGAGGGUUGGGCGUACUGCAGUUCCCUGGGACAGACACGAUGCUCUCAAAUUACGUUCCCAUAUUUCUUGAGCAUCGCCAAAACAUAAAGCUUCUCAGAGCACUGCCACCUCGCUCGGUUGAAUGGUCCCUACUGUGUCCAAGCACCAUGACAGCCGAGAACCUACAGGUCAGCGUACCGGCAAAGUCUAUCCACAACAAACUGACAGCCAAUUCCACCUCGCCUCCUCUGUGGCAGGAUUCGUGGCUCAAGCACAUCCCAUUCCUCGGAAAGCUGAUCUUGGCUGCCAUGAAUGCCCCGAGAUAUGACACAACUUUGGAACAGAACGCCGAUUUCAUUGCCAGCGAUUUGACAGAUCGCGAGAGCCGUUGGAUUGGGGUACCAGUUGGAGUCAUUGAUGCGACGAAGUAG